UAAUGAUGGCGACGAAAUUUGGCUGGAAGAGAAAACUGCCUCAAAAUUUAGUUGAGAAAAGGGCUGCUGUAUUCGAUGAAACCAACGAAAAUUCAGCUGAUGGCGUAGAGGAACCAUUUGAAUUGGACUGGCGAGUCCUUUUAGUGAAAAAAGGUGUGAAAAGCAUCGAAGAUAGCGUCACGAAAAGCAAGCGGCUAGAAGAAGAAGGAGUUUCUCUCGCAGAGCAACAGAGGUACUGGGAAGCACUUGGAAAAUGGAACGAAGCGGUAUUGUUGACUCCAAACAAUGCAAAGCUUUAUGAAAUGAAAUCACAGGUAUUACUAGAACUACAUGAGUUAUUCCCUGCUAUACAAGCAGCAGAAAAAGCAGUUUCUUUGAACCCUUGUUGGUAUGUAGCCUAUCAAACUCUUGGUCGUGCGCAGAUGGGGUAUGGUGAUGUUGAGAUGGGGGUGAAAAGCUUCUCAAAGGCUAUUCUGUUACAACCUGAUGAAUCAGAGAUGUGGUCAGAGGAUUUGCACUGGGCCUGGAAACUGAGAGAACAGAAAAGGAAACAAGAUGAGAUCAAGAAUAGUACAAAUCCUUCUGUCCUAGAAAGCAAAGAACUCUUCGAGCUAUAUGCCACAGACUUGGGACAGGAAAUAGAGAUGGAACAGACAUCACUGAAUUUAAUAACCAAGGAAAAGUGAAAUAUUAAUAUAGAAAGAAUGUAUGUGGAGAAAAAAUAUUUGUGGUCAGGCAGUGAAUAUCUAUUGACCUGCCAAUCAGUAGCUCAUAGAAUGCAAAAUGUCCUGGAUGGUCAUUCCUGUAACUGAUCAGUAGCCUUUUCAGUGUCACUCAAAACUUGUUUGGAUGUAAUGCACAUCACCUUUGGGAGUCAAGUUACUUAUAGUCAUCAGUUGUGAUAAGGAAUGUACAGUGAUAGUUUGAGGCCAUGGAGCUGAAUGGUUAUAAAAAACAUCAGGUUUACUUGCUAUAUUUCUUUAGCAUUUAGGACCUGAAAGUGGAUAACUUUUGAAAGCACUUAAAUAAUUUUUAACUGAAAGAACAGUGUAAAAUUCCUAUUCAUUUAUGCAGUCACAGUGUGAGCACCAAAACAUAAGAAAGCCUUGGUUAACUCUUUGUUCUUCACAAUGAUAAGAUUCCACUUUAAAUAUUCCUCCCACAUAUUUUUCUGCUUCAAAUCAGUGAAAUUGAACUUGUUCAUUCUUAGAGAGAUUUCCAAUCUGUAACACUUUUUGGAUAUUUUGUUUGUCUAAGCCAGGAUAGCAUUACUGAACAUUUCCUUUUUCAGAAAAAUCCUGGGUAGCCUUUUCUUCACUAGGUAAGGUAAAGUAACCCCUAAGCGAUUUACAAAAAUAGUUUAUGGCGGUCAGCUGACUAGGUCUUGAAAUAACUAGUUUAAUUUAUAAAUGGCAUAGGCAAUAUUAGUGUCAAAAGUAAAUACAAAUUAGUGUUUUCCUUAACAUGCUAUCUAUUACAGCUUACAGAAAAAUCCAAACUAAACCAAGACUGAACUUGCUCAGUCCUUUAUCCCCAAAGAGCAACUGGCUUCUAAUUUCUCCUUGUAGUAUCACUAUUGAAUCAAAUAUAAAGGGCAUGAGAAUAAAGAGAAUGAUCACCAAUUUAAGCUCCCGAUUGUCAAACUAUUUCUCUUAGUCAGUACCAUAGGAAAUGUUUUGGCAACAGAAUGGAGAAUAUCAAUAUUCAUGUUAGAGUGCAAAGACUUAAAAGAGAAGUAUACCCUAGAAACCAAUUUAUUUCCUUCAAUGCCAUGUUAGGGUUUAUCUUUCACAAAUCCCUUUUGGCAAAGUUUGAGGAUCGCUGAGAGUAUCAACUUGUUAGAAAGUCUUCAAGUGUGCUAACAGUUUAAGACAACAGUAAGGCAUCUCAACAGUGCAGAGAUCAAACUGUUGCAGCUGUACUCAUCACAAAAAAUUAAUCAGAUUCACAGCUAGGUUGCUAAGCAAGAGUCAAAAUGGUGCUUUCAGGGAUCAAUUUUCAACCGGAUUUAAAGACAAUUUGGGAAAGGUUAGAUACUUUGGAAUCUCAAAAGGCAAUGAUUGACACAAUUUCUUGUGAUUGUGUAAAUAACAACUAUCUUGUUUCAGAAGUAAAGUUCUCUUUAAACUUAA